AUGUUGUCCUUCACGCCCGACGCCGACCUUGAGCUCCUCUUUGACCCAGAACUCAUUCCCGCCGAUGUCAAAUCUCAGCUUGGGCCCGAUCUACACAUACGUCCACUAGCCAAGACAGACUACACGCGCUCACACCUAUCAGUUCUCUCUGUCCUCACCGUGGUAACCGAUCCCGGUGUGGAGGCAUACUCAGCGGCCUUUGACAAGCAGCGCCUCUCUACCUCCACUUACUUCACCCUCGUCAUAAUCCACAAACCCACCGACCAGAUCGUCGCCGUCGGCUGUGUCUUCAUCGAGCAAAAGUUCCUCAGAGGCCUUGGUAAGGUAGGCCACAUAGAGGAUAUUGCGGUGGAUAAGAAGGUGCAGGGAAGGAAGUUGGGGUUGAGGGUUAUACAAGCGCUUACGGCGAUUAGCGAAGGGCAGGGAUGUUACAAGACGAUCUUGAAUUGUAGCGACGAUAAUAUUCCGUUUUAUGUCAAGUGCGGGUAUCAGAAGAAGGAGAAUGAAAUGGUUAGUUGGUUUUAA